AUGCCUAAUAGUAAUACCAAAUAUCAGCCUUCCUCAAUCAAUACGAUAUCUAUAUCAUCAUCUGUUUUAUUAUCAUUACUCAGACAUACAUCAGAACAUUAUCCAGCAUUAUUUUCAGGUGCUUUAUUAGGAUUUGAAGAUGAAACAACAAUAGAUAUAACUCAUGCUUUCCCAUAUCCAUAUCCAGAUCAAUAUGAAGGUGGAUCAUUUAAAUCAAGAUCAGGAAGUCAAUAUCAAAAAGAUUUAUUAGAAAAUUUUAAAAAAUUAGGUUAUGGUAUUGAAUUUCAAGGUUGGUUUCAAUCAACUAUUUCUGGAAAUUUUAUAACUUCUCAAUUAAUUGAAGGAUUAGCUCAACAACAAUUAAAUAAUUCAAAUAUUUUUAUAUUAAUUCAUGAUAUGUCAAGUAUAAAUCAAGAAAUAAGUUUAAAAGCUCUUAGAUUAUCUACGGGUUUUAUGAAUACUUAUACAGAAGGAAAAUGGAAAUCAAAAGAUUUAGAAAAAAAUAAAUUAUCAUAUUUAAAUAUAUUUGAUGAAUUAGAAUUAAAUAUACAGAAUCAAGAAUUAAUAAACUUGUUUUUAACUUCUCAAUCACAGCAAUCAUCAUCACCAACAACAAAACAAACAGAAUCAGAAUUACAAAUAUUAAAUCUUUUAUCAAAUUCAAAUUCUACUUCACAAUUAUUAGAAUCAUUAUAUUCACAAGUAGAUUCUUUCAAUUAUGAUCAAAAUAAUUUUAAUUAUUAUCAAAGACAAUAUCAAAAAGAAAGUUCAAAAAUUCAACAAUGGAAACAACAAAGAAAAUAUGAAAAUUUAGAAAGGGCAAAAAAUGGAGAAAAAGAAAUUGAAAAUAAUGAUGAUUGGAAAAAUAUUUUUAAAUUACCUAUUGAACCUUCAAGAAUGAAUAAUCUUUUACAUAGUUCUUCUAUUGAAAUUUUAGCUGAUGAUAUUUUAAAAAAAUGUGAUGAAGAAUUACAAAAAUCUUUUGUUAUUAAUAAAAAAUUAACUUUAUAG